AUGGAGACGCUGGAUAUCAAAUCGGUGGCCAUUAUUGGGGCUGGAGCGGCAGGAGCCGCUGCAGCUGCGGCCUUUGCAGCGGAAAAGUACUUUGAUCGGAUUCGAGUUUUUGAGCGGCGGGAAACGCCUGGAGGGACCUGGAUAUUCGAUCCCGAUCCCAACCCGCUCAUCGUCCCUCAGCCUGGCAAGCUCCCUCCGGAGAUCGAUCCUCCGUUGGAGAUCCCCCAGAAUCUACCAGCGACCACUCCGCCAUCCUCGCAGGAGCGAUACGACAGGACGCCAAUUUAUGCUGAGCUGACAAGCAAUGUCCCUGCCAUCGCCAUGUCCUUCUCUGAUAUCCCCUUUGCCUACGGCCCCUUUGUGCCGCAUUGGGUGCCCAAGCAGUAUAUUGAGAACUACUUCUCCGCGCAUCGGACGGAUGAGUUUCUCGUGCUCAACACCACCGUCGAGGACGUCUCCAAGUCUCCUGGUGGUCGACAUCGCUGGUCGCUGACCCUGCGGCAGCAUGAUCCUGUCGCCAAGGUAGAUCGCUGGUGGAAGGAGGAGUUUGAUGCCCUCAUUUUUGCAAACGGCCACUACAGCGUCCCAUACGUAUGGUUCUCCGUACCGCACGUGAAAGGCCUCGACGAGUAUAUCAAGAUCUUCCCCGGCCGGGUUCUUCAUUCCAAAUCCUUCCGCUCAGCAGAACACUUCAGACAGAAAAAUGUCCUCGUCAUCGGCAACGCUGCCUCUGGUCACGACGUGGCGGACGCCUUGGUGAAGACGGCGAAGCUGCCAGUCUACCAGUCGCGAAGAUCACCAGCCCGCUGGGACGGCGACCGUCCUCCAGCCGGGAUCGAAUGGAAGCCGAUUGUGAAAGAGUACCUGUCCACAGGAGAGAUCGUGUUCGACGACGGGUCUGUACUGUCGGACAUCGACGUCGUCAUCUACUGCACGGGAUACAAAGCCUCGUUCCCGUUUUGGAACACGCGUAACAACGGCGCUCCGCUGUGGGAUUACGCCCAGGAUCGUCUCGUCGGGAACUAUCUGCAUACUUUCCUCAGGGAGUUUCCUACCGUCGGCCUUGUCGGUGUGCCCCGGACGCUGACCUUCCGGUCCUUCGAGUACCAGGCCAUCGCUCUGGCGCGGGUGUUUUCAAAACGGAAUGCCAUCCCCCUGCCGUCGAAGGAGGAGCAGGAACGCUGGGAGAGGGAGCGAUGGGAGCGCGUCCGCCGUGAGAGACGCCGAUUCCACGACAUCCCGUGGGACAACGGCGAGACGAUCGAGUAUCUGCGACAGCUGUUCGAGAUUGCAGGCUUGCCGCGGAUUGAAGGCGCGGGUCGGUAUCCGCCGGUGCUGGGGGAGCGGACGAGAUGGGCGAUUGAGCAUGUCAAGAAGUUUCCAGAACCGGGAAAGGACAAAGACGACGACGAUGAGAGGGAGGAGGAAGAGGGCUGGACGGUGAUAUCGCCUGGGUCGUAUAAGGAUAGUCUAUAUUUUAUAUGA